GCUGCUCUGCCUUUGGGGAGGAGGGGGAGGAGCCUCGGCAGGCGGAGAGGCGCUGCCGGUGGGUCCCACCUGCGCGCAGUUGAUGGGCGAGGAGGAGGAAGCCAAGGAGGCGGAGGCGGAGGGAGAGGGAGAAGGACGGCGGCGGCGGCGGCGCUGCCCCUUGGCCCUCGCAGCUCCCGGGAGGCAGCCUUGCCCUUGCCCUUGCCAUGGAGGACACGCCGGAGCCCACCGUGGUCCAGCCCGGAGCCGCCCCCGCCGCCCCUCCGCAGGACCCCGAGACUCAGCGCCCCGCCGAAAGGGAGGAGGGACACUUCAGCGAGGAGAUCGAGGACAGAGGUUUACUAGAAAGCAGCACACGAUUAAAACCUCAUGAAGCUCAAAGCUACAGAAAGAAGGCGCUGUGGGUUUCUUGGGCUUCCAUUGUUGUCACGUUGGCCCUGGCAGUUGCUGCCUUCACUGUCUCCGUAAUGAGGUACAGUGCUUCAUCAUUUGGAUUUGCAUUUGAUGCCACUUUGGAUGUGUUGUCAUCAGUGAUAGUCCUUUGGCGCUACAGCAAUGCAGCUGCUGUACAUUCAGCACACAGAGAAUACAUAGCCUGUGUCAUCUUGGGUGUGAUAUUUCUUCUGUCUGCUUUAUGUAUAGUGAUCAAAGCUAUCCAUGACCUUGCAACUAAGUUGCUUCCAGAAGUGGAUGACUUUCUUUAUAGCGUUUCCAUUUUAAGUGGAAUCCUGUGCACUACUUUGGCAGUGAUCAAAUUCAUGUUAGGAAAUGUCCUUACAAGCAGAGCACUGUUAACGGACGGUUUCAACUCCCUGGUAGGAGGAAUAAUGGGAUUCUCUAUCCUUCUAAGUGCAGAAGUCUUUAAACACAAUGCCUCUGUCUGGUACCUAGAUGGAAGUAUAGGAGUUCUAAUUGGACUCACAAUAUUUGCUUAUGGAGCCAAGCUGCUUCUGGACAUGGUCCCCCGCGUACGGCAAACGCGUCACUAUGAAAUGUUUGAAUAAAGACAGAACUCAGCGACAUGGACUGAAUACAUUUUGCAAAGUUCGAUAAAUGUCCUACAUCCUGGCAACUGGUGCCAAACAUAUUUACAAGAUUGUACGUUAUUUCUCAUGGUAUAUAUCUUUUUUUACAUUACCUUUCAAGGGAAAGUCUAUUGGUGCAAAUAGGUAAAUUAUGUGAGCUGCAGUAGCCUUUCCCUUUUGUGUGUUUGCUAUUAUCAAAACCCUGCAAGUGGCAAUAGAAAUGAAUAUGAAUUCACAGUCCUAAACCAGCUGCUAUGUUUUGUCUCCUGAAGUGGUCAGAUUGUAAAUGACAUUCAAGUACUGUCUGUAGAAAAGGUCCAAACUCAGACAGGAUGGCUGCAGUCAUUUCUCUCUGUGGCACAUUAGAAACUAAUAUCAUGUGGCAGGCACUUCCAUGGGCAAGAGGGUACUUUCUCAACUAGAGAAAGAAACGGCUUUUAGUUCCAUUGCCACUAAAAUUCCAGAUUGGGAUCUUCUAAGUCACUGCUCCAAAAUCUUCUGGCAGAAAAUUCAGUGGCAUGUCUAGGUUACGUUUGCCAGCAGAUGUUUCUUGAUGCAUGAAAUUACCCAUUCCCAAUCGCAAAUGAUACCCUGGCCCCAAUUACCGAUUCCCCCAGCAACCUCACACAAAUCCCAGUUCUGACUUAAUGUCAAGAAUGUUGUUCUAGUUCCAUACUAUUUUAUGAAAUUCUCUGAAAUACAUAAAUACCUAGCACCACAUAGAGUAAAUUAAGAUGCACAGACAAAAUAAGCACAAAGUGUUAAUAUAUAGGCAAAAGCCAAAAACUAAGAGUGAAGAUGGAUUAUAUGUGUCCGAUUGUAUUAUGCACUCAUGUAGCAAUAUGUCUGGCUAAAUACACGGGUGUCUUGUUUCCUGGUGAAAGUGAAGUGUGAUAGUUCCAGCUGGUAGUAUGAUAGCACCUUUCUACCUGUAAAGAAUUAGAACUAUUCUGUUGGUAUUCAUGUUCCCACCGUCUGAUGUCAUUGAGCACCUGGAUUACAAAUACCAACUCCCAUUAUAUAUAAUCAAUAAAGCUGUUACUUAUUUUAUACAGUACCUGUAGUUAACCUUUCGGGAAAAAAGUUAUGGAGAGAGUUCAUUCAUCCCUUUUCCAUUUAAAUAAGUUAAUGCUGGCACUUUUCAUUAGAGUUUUUCUGCACAAGUUUCACUUCAGUCAAUAAUGGUAUAUUUUGGUAUCUUUGAAGCUGUCAAGAGGUCAGAAUAAUACUUUGUACUUGGACCAAAUGUGUUUUCCAAGUUAAUGUGUGAAUGAUCAUGGAAACUGCAGUGUGGAAUAGUUUCACAUGCAAGCACUUAAGUGUGGGAUCAAGUUUGGAAAGCUAUUAAGCAGUAGCACUCGCUUUUUUUUCAUUCUUUGCUUGUAUGUUCAUACUCACAUUGCAGAACUCCAAACAACAGUCUGAUAUUAGAAGUGUUUAUUUUUAGACAUUGCUGGCUCUGCGUUUGUGCAAUCUGGAAGUUUAAUGUUACUCUUUGGAAAGUAGUUUGUUUGAAGGUGCUGUCGUAUGACCAUUUCCCCACUUUCGCGUGAAGGCACUCAACCUUCCAGUGAAACACAAUGUUUUAAUUCAUUCCAUGCAGACUUCUGGAUGAAUAAAUUGGAGAUGUUUUUACAAGCUGAA